AUGAUGCUCAUCUCUCUUUCAUCCAACAUCGUGCUUGCUCUCCAUUUCGCGUCAUCACUGGCGCUCCCUCCCGCAUCAUCUGACGCAGGACCAUGGAAAGCACCCGGCGAAGGCGAUGAUCGCGGCCCAUGUCCCAUGCUCAAUACGCUGGCAAAUCACGGCUAUCUCCCUCGAAAUGGACGAAACAUCAGCAAAGAUAUGGCGAUCAAUGUUCUAGACCAGGUACUCAACUGGGAUGCGACCGUCGUUUCCGACCUCUAUGACUUUGCUCAGCCAACCAACCCCCAACCGAAUGCAACGACGAUCAACCUGAAGGAACUGACAACGCACAACAUCCUCGAGCAUGAUGCCAGCUUGAGCCGCCAGGAUAGCGGAUUCGGCCCCGCUGAUGUCUUCAACUCCAAAAUCUGGAACGAGACCGUCGCACACUUCACGGGUGACACCAUCGACGUCGAAAUGGCGACCAAAGCUCGCACAGCGCGCACCAUCGCCGCAGCCUCGACCAAUGCCCUUUUCACGUUCCCGCAGCUGGGCAUGAAUUUCCAAUAUGGCGAGACGGCGGCGUACCAAUUCGUCUUCGGAGAGUGGAACCUCGAUGCUGAGGAUGUCAAGAACCGUAUCUUGACGCCCAAAAAUUACAUAGAGUAUUUUUCCAAGAAGGAGCGUCUGCCGACGGAGCUUGGCUGGGAGAAGCCCGCAAACCGAUUGGUCAUGGAUACGCUGCAAUCGUUCACUGUCAGCAUGAUGCAACUUACUCAGACUCAGAUGGACGAGGCUGCAUAA